CUUUAGACAGAUGCAGGGUGAGGAUCCUCUGUCUUUUCUUCUCCCUCGUUGCCGCCACGUGGGCGAGUAGCCUAGGUAGAUCGUAGUCGAAGCAGCAGUCUAAGGAAGGGGGGUUGAACGAAGGACUUCUCUGGAGGGUGCAUUUGGUAUUAUGGCUUCCAACACAGAACGCACCUUCAUUGCCAUCAAGCCUGAUGGAGUCCAGCGGGGAUUAGUAGGAGAAAUCAUCAAACGCUUUGAACAGAAGGGCUUCCGACUGGUGGCUAUGAAAUUUAUGCAUGCUUCUGAAAACCUUCUCAAACAACAUUACAUCGAUCUGAAAGAUAGGCCAUUCUAUUCAGGUUUGGUUAAAUAUAUGAAUUCUGGACCUGUAGUGGCCAUGGUUUGGGAAGGCCUCAAUGUUGUAAAGACUGGCAGAGUAAUGUUGGGGGAAACUAACCCUGCAGAUUCAAAGCCUGGUACAAUCCGUGGUGACUUCUGUAUUCAAGUGGGCAGGAACAUCAUUCAUGGCAGUGACUCCGUAGAGAGUGCUCAGAAAGAGAUUAACCUGUGGUUCAAGCCUGAAGAACUUGUGAGCUUCAAGUGUUGUGCUCAUGACUGGAUUUAUGAAUAGAUAUUUCAAUGAGUUGUGCCUUUUUCUAACAAAGCAUCUCGGUCCACUCAAGUAUUUGAGCUAGGACAAUUAUCAUGGUUAUCUUCCAUUAUUGCCAGUAACAAAUAAACUAUCAUGAACUGC